ACGCCCACUCUUGUUCACUUUGACCACCAGCGAAAGCCUGCCUAGACUUGUGUUUUGGGUGUUGUUUUUGUGAAUAUGGCUUUUCUUCAGGACUACAGCACAGGGGUGUUGAUCUGUACUUUUAUUCUGCUCCUGAUGCUUUAUCACCUGUUCACUGGGUCCAGAAACGAACCUCCAGGACCAAAACCGUUGCCAUUGCUGGGAAAUCUGCUCAAGUUGGAUGUCGACAGACCACACUUGAGUCUUCUUGAGAUGGCAAAGCAGUAUGGUUCAGUUUUCACCGUGUACUUCGGUCCGAAGAAAGUGGUUGUGCUGGCCGGCUACAAAACAGUGAAGCAGGCGCUUGUUCAUCAUGCUGAUGAGUUUGGAGACCGAGAAAUCAUGCCUUUAUUUCACGAUUUUACUAAAGGACACGGAAUUAUAUUUGCCAACGGGGAGAGCUGGAAAGAGAUGAGACGCUUCACUCUCACCAACCUGAAAGAUUUCGGUAUGGGCAAGAGAACGUUUGAAGAGAAAAUCAUCGAGGAAACAUGCCACUUAAAAGAGGAGUUUGAGAACUUUGAAGGGAAACCAUUUGAAAGCAAACAGCUGAUGAGCUACGCCGCCUCCAGUGUCAUCUCUGCCAUCGUGUACGGACCCAGAUUUGACUAUACAGACCCUCAGCUGAGGAAUAGGGUGGAUCGAGCCAAUGAGAGUGUUCGCUUGAGCGGAACAGCAUCCGUGCAGCUCUACAACAUGUUCCCAUGGUUCGGCCCGUGGAUCCAGAACUGGAGGCUGCUCAUGAAAAACCUGGAGCUUGACAUCAAAGAGAUAACAGACACGGUGGAGGGUUUACGUCAAACUCUCGACCCUGAAGACCUCAGAGGAUUGGUCGACUCGUUCCUGGUCCGCCAGCAGACUGUAAAGGAAUCUGGAGAGAAGGACUCGUUUUUCCAUGAGCAGAACCUCAUUUUUACAGUCGGCAAUCUGUUUGUGGCCGGUACCGACACCAGCAGUACGACACUGUGCUGGGCUUUACUGCUGAUGGCCAAAUAUCCUCAGACACAGAGGCGGGUUCAGGAGGAGAUUGACGGAGUGAUCGGUGCACGCCAACCCCUUACAGAGGACAGGAGGAAUUUACCCUACACAGAUGCUGUGAUUCAUGAAACCCAGAGACUGGCCAACAUCGUGCCCAUGGGCGUCCCUCAUAUGACCAGCUGCGAUGUCCACUUCAAUGGAUAUUUCAUCAAGAAGGGCACGUGUGUAUUUCCCCUUCUGACGUCUAUAUUAUGGGAUGAGGAGGAAUGGGAGAGCCCUCACACCUUUAACCCCUCACACUUUCUGGAUGAGCAGGGCAGGUUUGUGAAGAGAGACGCCUUUCUGCCGUUCUCUGCAGGACGCAGGGUGUGUUUAGGAGAGGGUUUGGCCAGGAUGGAGAUCUUCCUGUUCUUCACGUCUCUCCUUCAGUAUUUCCGCUUCACUCCUCCACCCGGACUGUCUGAGGAUGAUCUGGAUCUCACUCCACUUGUGGGGUUUACACUGAAUCCGUCUCCACACAAACUGUGCGCUGUGAAACGGUUUUAAUAUGCUUCCGAUCUACUGUAGAGUGUCACCUUGUCUUGAACGUGACCGUUUAAUUUGUUGUUGAAGGUCCAGUGUGUAGUUUUUUGGAGGAUCUAUUGACAGAAAUGCAAUAUAAUAUACAUAACUAUGUCUUCAGAUCUGUAUAAAGACCUUAUAUAAUGAAGCGUUAUGUUUUAAUUAUCUUAGAAUGAGUUAUUUCUAUCUACAUAUGCAUGCGUGUCCGCUUACAUGGAAUUAGCCAUGUUGUUUCUACAGUAGCCCUAAAUGGACAAACUGCUCUACAGAGCGUGUUUCAUAAAUACGUCAUCUCCUUCAGCAAAGAAGUGAAAACGUGAUGACAUCUUAGUCCUGUGUCAGGCACCGUAGUGCUUCGAAAGGGACGGGGUGGAGUUCAAUUCAAUUCAAUUCAAUUUUAUUUAUAUAGCGCUUUUCACAAUGUGCAUUGUUCCAAAGCAGCUUUACAGGAGCAAAUAAGAAAAACACAGAAAGGUAAAACACAGCACAGUGCAUGGUGUUUAUAGACCAAGCAAGAUCAUUAUAAUAAAUAAUAUCUAAUAAAUAUAAAUAAAUGCAGUCUCCCGGUGAGCAAGCCAACACUGCACUGCUCUGCUGUGGCGAGGAACCCAAACUCCAAUGCUGAAUAAUGGAGAAAAAAAAAACCUCGGGAGAAACCAGGCUCAGCCGGGAGGGCCAGAUCUCCUCUGACGUGUCAUGGCUGCACUCAGUGACCCCGACCAAAGCCACCGAGCAACGUCCACGAAGAACAGGGAGAGCCCACGAGCCGCGACCCAGGAAGCCCCACCCGCCGAAACCGUGCAGGUCCAACCCGGUCCCAUUCAUCAACAACAGACAACAGAGGAACAACCAGGGAAAAGUAGUAAUGGCAUAAUUAACUUUAUUCCUCUGUUGUCCGACAUCGACCACAAAUCAAGACCAACCAGACCAGAUCCACACAGUCCCAACAAAUGAAACGCCCCGAACCACAACCAACAAGCCCCCCCACUCCCCACAACACCCACCCAGCUACCUCCAAUCAAAGUCACUGAGUGCAGCCAUAACUUCAAACUGCUGUCAUGUGAUGUAAGUUUAGCAUUAAAUACCAAGUAUUGUAAAUUUAGCAUUUAUGUGACAGGUAGUGAGCCGUUUGUUGCCUCACCGCUGGAUGGAAGUAUUGCUCACAUUGCUCUUUUAAUACAAUAACAUUCCAAGAAAACAAAUUCAUUGGGAGAAAGUGGUCUCUGGAUUAUGAGAUGAGAAAAAUUGUGGAUAACCUUUGUGACACUUGUCUGUCAGUUAAGGUCAGGGGCAUGCUAACCUUUACAAGCUGGGCCACAAGGCAGGAUCCCAGGCUCUUCAUUUGUAUUAUAUUUAUUUUAUGUUAAUCGGGUGAAACAACUGUGCAUGCCAAACCUGCUAUUUUAAGGUAUAAAUAAUUGUCAAAAGAAAGAAAUAACUGUGAUAAAGUGUGAUGACAUGAUGUUUUUACAUGUUAUAAACACAUUUAGUUCCACGAA